AUGGAGGAGGCGCUGCUCUCCACCCCCAUCAACCCCAACAACUUCCCCGCCAAGCUGUGGCGCCUGGUGAACAGCCCGCGCUACCGCUCCAUCUGCUGGGACGGCCGCGGCGAGGGGCUGCUCAUCGACCAGCCGCUCUUCGAGGCUGAGCUGCUCAGCCCGCCCAGGCCAGGGGGCGGUGGUGGGGCUGCGGGGGCCGGGGCCGGGGCCGGGGCCGGGGCUGGGGCCGAGCCCGAGCCCGAGCUCUUCAAAACCACCAACUUCACCAGCUUCAUCCGCCAGCUCAACCUCUACGGCUUCCGCAAGGUGGUGCUGGGCGAGCCGGGCGCGGCGGGGCCGGGGGGCGGCAGACCGGUAGGGGACGGGCCGCUCCAUCACUUCCACAGCCCACACUUCCGCCGCGACCAGCCACAGCUGCUCGUGCACCUUAAGCGCCUGACCAGCGCCAACAAGGCCAAGCUGGCGGCCGGCCUGGAGGUGCCCUGCCGCCCGCCCAACCGCUUCCAGCGGCUGCUCAUCACCUCGGCCUCCGCCGCCGCCGCCUCGGCCGCCACCGCCCCGCUGCAGCACCAGGAGCCGCCGCCGCCCGCGGGGCCCCGGAGCGAGCCGCACGGACCAGUGGCUGUAGGACAAUUUCACCGGUCAUUUCGGCGAGAUAAUUUGUCUCCUUACUCCUACGUAUCGACUCCAUCCCACGACCACAGUACUUACCCUCUGAAAGGUUUAGAUCGGAUCCCAGUUCCUCGUAGAAUAUGGCAGAACUCCCUUGGAAUGCACCCUGGACAAGUGGAGACAUCUCCCACAUUUUCAGAUAAAGGGGUUCCAUUUCCUGUACUCCAGAGGUUUCCAACUGAGGUUACCUAUAUGCUGCAGCCCAGCACCACAUCUGUACAUGUUCAACAAGGUUCUCAAACAAUGGUCAGCUCCUCCCAAAAAUAUAGUAACUACACACCCGCAGCACAGUACUCGCAAGCCUACUAUCCAACAGCUGUGCUACAGUGCUGUUCUCCUACCCACAUGGAUGCUCUAAGUAGUUGUGUCACUCCCACUGCCUCUUCCUAUGCACACUGCAACUACUUCCAGAAUCCUUCAAUGCAGUCCUCCUAUCCAGUUGAAUUUUUGACUUCCAAUUGGCCCUGCAGUACUACUGAUGAAAAUAAAAAGGCGGAAGUAAACCUAGAGGCUGUCUUUCAGAUAGUAGAUGAGUUGCAUUCCUCCCCUAAAUUGGAGAUGGUAAAGGUGGAGCCUGUUGAGAAUCAGUGCCCAACAUCUCAGUCUUAUGGAGGCCAACACAUUCUGGCUAAUUCUAACAACAGCAAUCCAUGUUCUGCAAGUCAGGCUAGCCAGCUGGAGCCACUUACUCCUGUAGGCUCAGAUAUUAUGUCUUCUGUGGUUGGAACAGAACAAGCAGUUGCCUGCUCUCUACCACAGUCACCUGAGUACAUCUAUACCAUCCACACAGCUCAGCCUGUUGAAAAUAGCACAGUACAGGAAGCUGCAGCCAUCCAGCUAGCUCAUGUCGAACUGAAGGAGCACCUAAAUCAUAAUCCAUCUCCAUCUUCAGUAGUAUUUGUGCAGGAAGGGCCACCAUUCAGCACACACCAGGUGGAUGCCAAUAUAAAAUGCGAGACCAAUUCACAUGAGAAUAUCUUGCCUUCAGAAGAGAUGGGAUUCCUCAUUUCAGAAAUGGGGCCUGCUAGCAAGCCUAGUAAAGACACAGGUUUAGCCACUCCAGCCAGAUACAGAGAGCACAGAAGCAACUCACAACAAGGAAAGUCCCCUGAUCUUCAUUUGCUGGUGGACGUGGCCUGCAAGCAGAAGCACUUUCCAAAGGAGGAAGAAUUAAAAGAGUGA